AUGCUUCGUACGCCAUUAGUUCGCAAUUUUUUUAACUCAAUAAACCGACGACAAUAUCAUCGAACACAUCCACGUAUUUUAAUUACAGGUGGAUGCGGACAACUAGGAAUACCAUUAGCUAAGCGAUUACGGGAACUAUAUGGUGUUGACAAUGUUGUACUCUCUGAUAUUGUUAGACCUUCCGAUGAACUUCUUAAACAAGGAAUCUAUCGAUAUGCUGAUGUCAUGGAUAUUAAACAAGUUCAAGAACUUCUAGUAAAUAAUCAGAUUGAUUGGCUCAUUCAUCUCAGUGCUUUACUGAGUGCUAUUGGUGAAAAGGAUGUACCAUUGGCAAUGAAAUUAAAUAUUGAAGGUACACAUCAUAUUCUUGAAUUAGCACGAAAAUAUAAAUGUAAAUUAUUUAUUCCAAGCACGAUCGGUGCAUUUGGACCUGAAUCUCCACGAAAUCCAACACCAGAUUUUUGUAUUCAACGUCCACGAACAAUUUAUGGUGUAUCAAAAGUACACACUGAAUUAUUAGGAGAAUAUUUUUAUUAUAGAUUUGGCGUUGAUUUUCGAUGUUUGCGUUUUCCGGGUAUUAUAUCAGCUGAUACAAAACCAGGUGGUGGUACCACAGAUUAUGCAAUCGAGAUCUUUCAUGAUGCUCUAAAAUCUAAUGCCUAUAAAUGUUAUUUACGUGGUGAUACACGUUUACCAAUGAUGUGGAUUGAUGACUGUAUUCAAUCAAUUGUAAGUAUAAUGGAAGCGUCAAGUGAACAGUUGAAACAACGAACAUAUAAUGUUGCUGCAAUGAGUUUUACACCGGAUGAGUUGACAAAAGCGAUACAAAAAUAUAAACCCAAUUUUAAAAUUUCGUAUGAAAUUGAUGAGCGUCAAAAAAUUGCUGAUUCAUGGCCGCAAGUAUUUGAUGAUCAAAAUGCUCGCCAACAUUGGAGUUGGAAUCCAAAAGUUGACCUUGAUGGACUUGUUCAGAGAAUGUUUGCUUAUUUGGAACGACAAUAG